AUACUCAAAUUAAUGAUGGAAUUUAUUCGCAAACCAUAAUGAGUAGAUAUUCUUUCUCUUCUAAGCUAAGUAAACCUUGAGAAGGAAAUUGAAAUCUCCCAUUAAUUCGAUAAAGUAGGCGUUAUUGCGAUUUCUACAGUUGGAAGAGAAGAUGCAAUUAGGGUUACGUAUUCUCUAAUAUUUUCCAGAAUUUAGUACUUGCCGAAGGCAAAGGGUCUCUUGUAACGCCAGAUAACAUCAAAAGAAGAAUAAAAUGGGAGUUCUGUCAAACAAAAUCGAUAGAGAAGAUCUGAAGCCUGGAGAUCACAUCUACUCUUGGAGACAAGCCUACAUCUACGGUCAUCAUGGGAUAUAUAUUGGUGAUGGGAAAGUGAUUCAUUUCACUAGAGGAACAGGACGGGAAAUUGGCACAGGAACUGUCUUUGACCGAUUAAUUUUUAGCUCUUCGCCUGCUCACUCUUCUGAUAAUCCAUGUCCAAAGUGUGGUGAUCAUUCAAGGCUUGAUGGUGAUGGUGUCAUCAUCUCCUGCAUUGACUGUUUUCUUGAUGGUGGUAAUCUCUAUCUCUUUGAGUAUGGUGUCUCACCAGCUUUAUUUCUUGCCAAAGUUCGUGGAGGGACAAGCACCCUUGCCCUUUCCGAUCCCCCGGAAGAUGUUCUCCACCGUGCCAAUUUUCUUCUCCAGAAUGGUUUUGGUGGCUACCAUGUUUUCAAGAAAAAUUGUGAGGAUUUUGCAAUAUACUGUAAAACAGGUCUACUUGUGAAUACUAGCAUCAGUGUGGGUAGCAGUGGGCAGGCGGCAUCCCUUUUAGCUGCUGUAAGUGCUGUUGUUUCUUCACCCCUUCGAUUCUUGACUACCAGCUUUGGUGGCCUGGCAGCUGUUGGUUAUGGUAUUUACUGUGUCAACCGAGUUGUUUCCGAUAUCGGUAUAAGACGUGAUGUAGUGAAGUUACCAGUUGAGAGUAUUGUUGCCUAUACUAGCUUAGACGGGGUAACUGCUACAGUUAAUACUGCUAUAGAAUGAUUUGUUGACAUGAAUUCCUUUGGGAUACAAGGUGUUACCCCAUUUCUCAUGCGGGGAAAUGUGAAAAACCUUUCCCUUGGAUAAAUCCUUAUUUGUAUCCAAAAUUAAAAAAAAAAAAACAUUCAAUUGUCUGUUUUCAUGUAUUCUGACACUAGCGAAUGUGAACAGAUUUGUAUUUGUA